GAGACUAUUUGACAAACAAACCAGCUAUGAGAACGUACUCAGCUGAGUUGAUGUUAUUGCAAUAGUUUAAAAUGUCUGCUUUGUAUUUUAUUGCUGUGUUAGCCGUCAACUUAUUUCUGUCGUUUGGCCUUAAAGUGGAUAUGACCAGAGAACACUUUUACCAUGGGAAAAGUUUAUUUUGUGCACAACUCCAGUGUACAGAAAACAUAACAGAAGACACUCAAAUGUCAGCUCUUGUCAACAUGUCAGUCUAUAGGAUCAGUGAAUCUGAAGGGAAGAUUUUGUUGGCGUCUAUUUCAGGGUCUGAUUCAAAGGUUCGCGAUUAUAAAAUAUCUGGGAUAUUAUCUGACGGCAAACUAUCCAAACAUCACGGAGAACUGGUCUUGUCUUUCUCCAAUACUUCAGCCUGUAAUUUACACCAGUAUAAAUGUCAAGUAUAUUUUACCAAUAAGACAGGAGACAUUGGAGUUCUAGAGAAUAGAACAACGUCUUAUGAAAGAGAGAAAAUAAAGAAAUCUGUUUUGUUGAUGAAUUUGAAAGCUCAAACUUUGAACUACGUGAAAACUGUGGACACGAUGGCCGACUUUCUGAAAUCGUUUGAAGAUCCAGAAAAACUAAAAGGCGCAGACGUGUCAAUGUCCUUACAGAUGUCACAUUCUGGUAGAGAUUGGUACAGUGACGACACGGCUCAGAUUCCAUCAUCUACAGAGUUAAACAACAGUAACAGACACAUCAGCUCUACUAAUGCUAUAGAAUUGCUUGAUGCUAAGAUAAAUAACAUCACAGAACACAUGCAAACAGUGAAUAACAAACUUAGAGCAAUAGACGUGGUUGAUGCUAAGAUAAAUAACAUCACAAAACACAUGCAAACAGUGAAUGCCAAAAUUAGAGCUAUAGACGUGGUUGAUGCUAAGAUAAAUAACAUCACAGAACAAAUGCAAACAGUGAAUAACAAACUCAGAGCAAUAGACGUAAACCUCAACGAGACCAUCACAGGGAACAACCAAACAAACCUUAUGAUAGAAGUUUUAAACACAACUGUACAAGAGAUGAAAAACGACUACAACGUCAUUCCUGUGUUGUAACGGAUUUCACUUCAGUGUAAAAAGAACGACAAAACUGAUGUACCAGAACGAACGACCGUCAGACUUGGUCAAGACAAAUUGGCUUUGUGCGACACAAAAACUGACGGUGGAGGUUGGAUCAUUAUUCAGAGACGUGUUUUGGGUGACGUGAAUUUUACCAGAGAUUGGAACGACUAUAAACACGGAUUUGGUUCAAUGAUUGGAGAUUUCUGGCUUGGGAAUGAUUGGAUCUCUAACCUGACUUUGAUGGGAUACAAUGAACUGAGAAUCGACAUGACUCGAAAAGGUAAAAAGUACUACGCCCAUUACGAUUAUUUCAAGGUAGACAACGAAGCAGCAUCGUAUACGUUAUACAUGUCGUCAUUCAGUGGAAACGUUAAAGACUA